UUGGUGAGCGCCUCUGCUGGCCUUCAAAAUGGGCUCGACUCCUUAGCCUUGAUUUCUUCAAUUGUCCCUCCGCAUAUCAAGUUUUUAUGAAGAAAAGCCUGUUCGCGAUGACAUUUGGAGGUGAACUGGCAGACGAAGUCAGCCAGGUGAUUUCAGAACUGGUUCCUGUGCGGGCUGACUGGCUUGCAAGAUUCCAUUCCUGUGCGGUACAGUAAAGCUACUCGCUUGGUCAGAGGAUUGCAAUGAAACCUGCUCAGGAACGCAACCAGGAGUGCCUGCCUCCUAAGAAGAGGGACCUCCUAGUUAGUAACAGCAGUGGAGCUGGAGGGACAGGAGGAGUUGGGGCUACAGGAGGAGGUGGUGGCAACAGUGGAGGUGGCAAUAGUGCUGGUAGUGGUAUUGGAGAAGAUGAAGUGGUUUCCAUCCAGAACUCCGCAGCCAACAGUGACACUCAGGGAGGGACCCCAUCUGGAGAGUGGCUGCGGACUCAGCCAGGGCUUCAUUAUGGAGUGGAUAAUUCUGAUGGCAUACCAGCAGUGCCAGUUGACCAGUACAGUAUGCUCUAUAAAGUGGCUCUUCCAUCUGUUACCUACUCGCCUACCAGUCUUCACCCAGUGUUAGGCCACCUCUCGUCAGGCUACACUGUACACUCUCCUCUCCUGCAGCAUCCAGGCCUUCCCUAUCCUUCUCUUGGUUAUGCCCAGAUCCCUCAUUCCUCUCUCCAGUUUGUUAGUUCUCCUUAUGCAGCUGUACCUUAUGCUCUGCCCCCUGGCUUUGUCCCGGGAUCAUUAAUUUCUCCCUCAGGCACCAUUCCUCAGCCCCAUGCUGUGUCCCACCUUGUUCCCUAUCCAUCUGUCAUACAGGAAGGUGUUGUUUCUCCACCUCCCCAGGCCCAGGUAGCUGCUCAUACCUUUGCCAAAGUUGCGGCAUCAAGCGGUGUCCCGCUGAUGCUGCCUUCAGAGCAAGCUGCCCAGCAGCACCUUGGUACUGUAGGAGUCCUGCCUGCAGCAGAGCUCAGCUCUCGAGGGUUGCCAGUCUUCUAUCACCCUCAGGGCGCCAGGGCUGCCACUGCCACCAGAGACCCUCACAGUGCCCAGCAGGAAAAUGAACCAGAGAUGAAUGGAGGCGAUAAAGAGCAGGGAGCCAGGGAGGUUGUGCUCGACUACACUGCCAGAAAUGCAAGUCUGCUGCAGGUAGCAUCCAACUCUGCGGUCCAGGAGUACAGCCAAGACAGAGGCCCAAUGAACCGAAGGCUGGAAGAGAGGAGCUCACCUGGCCAGCGCAGCACUCCAGACAGUGACCUGGAGGUGCAGCAGGUGGUUGGUCGUUUGGCUUCUUCUGGCCAAGGUGGAGUGCGGAAAGAGGUCUCCUUUGCUCCCUUGAACCUCUCUCAGGGUGCCCAAAGAGCCAGAGAUGUCCACGGAGAGAGCACAGGUGUGGUUUCAGGCCGGACUGCGUACACAACCCAGACUGCGUGUUACACUGAUCCCAGAGUGGCCAGUCUCCAGCAGCAAACGGCACAACCAGGACAUGCUGUCAUGCUUGCCAACGGGCAGCCAGUUCUCAUUCCCUUGGAGUAUCACUUGCAGCAUCAGGCCCAGCCACCGCAGCAACACUACCCAGGACAGGCUAAUGAUGCCUCAGCCAGCCAUGCCUCUACCACCAUGGCCUCUCCUAACCCAAGCUUUAAAGCCUCUGAUUCUUCAGCCAGAGUGUGCCUCCUUGAAAGGGCGGAGCCGACCACAGCGCAGCAGCUCCCCCAGCAGCCUCCUGUCCAGCCUACAGCAGAUGCGACUCAGGCCUUAGCUUCAAGCCUCGCUCCUGCCUCGGCUCCCUGCAACCCAUCACACUUCAUGAAGGGAGCCAUCAUCCAGCUGGCUACUGGGGAACUGAAGCGUGUCGAGGACCUGCAGACUCAGGACUUUGUGCGCAGCGCCGAGGUGAGUGGGGGUCUUAAGAUUGACUCCAGCAUGGUGGUGGACAUCCGUGCCAGCCAGCAGAGACCGGGUCUUGUGUCGCUUCACUUUACUGUGGGGGAGCAGCAGAGCAAAGUGACCAUCGACGUGCCUCCAGAGCACCCCUUUUUUGUGUUCGGGCAGGGCUGGUCGUCCUGCAGCCCCGAGCGCACAGCCCAGCUCUACGGGUUGGCCUGCCAUCAUCUGCAAGCGGGAGACGUGUGUGUGUCCAUCACCCUGCAGCAGCAGCUUCAGCCGCAGCAGCAGAAACAACCACAGCACCAUCCUUCACAACAGCAACAACAGCAGCAGAACCUGUCCAGGACUUUGAGCAAAACCAACGCCACAUCAGGACCCAGUCACCAGCUCAUGGGGCCUCCUGCCCCUCAGCAGUCACGGCCUCCAUCUCAUUUCAGGCUUGACCGCAUCCACAGAGAAAGACAGAGGGAUGGGGAGAAAGAUGCAGCUGACAAGGAGGAAGCCACACAUUUUGGAGUUGUUGGGCACUCUGAGUCGCCCAUCAGACCAAGUAGGACCUUAGCAGAGCAUCCAAGGAGCCAGAGCAGUUACCACUUGCACACAGAGGGCUCUGCUUUCGCAGGGGCAGGGAUGGGAGCAAUGCAGGCUGCGCUAGGUGCAUCUCAGAGGCGCUGGUCCUCACCUGGCCUCCAAAGACACAGUAUGAAGGGAGACGAAGGGCCACGCCCUCAUAUAAGCACCUCCAGCCACACAAGGCCCUCUUUCAUCCCCCAGGAGGUCAAACUGUCCAUUGAGGGGCGCUCUAAUGCAGGGAAGUAGCAUCACAUUUGGUAGCAACUAUUAAAAGAGACUGCCACGAGUAAGAAUGAGUCUGACAAGGAGAGAAAGAGGGAAAAAAAAGAGUGCGAAUGUAGCCUCAGAAUGUUUGAGAUUUUGCACACCUGAAAAUAUACAAAAAUACAAGAUCUUUGUCUAUCUGGUGAGAAGUUCUGGUUUGGUUCAGUUGUCACUCAGCCAAAGGAUACGAGCCUGUGGUUUCCCGGCCAGCUGAGGUCUGACAGGGACAUUACAAGCUGAGUAGAAAGUAUGUAGCGGAUGAAAAUGCCUACCAUAGUCCUUGCACACUGCAUUACUCUUCCUCCCUCCCUCCUCUGUCGCCACUCCCGCAUACCCAUGCUUGGAGGUUACCAUCGCAUUUAGAACACUCUUGCUUCCUUUUUGACCAAACGGUCUCUUUGGGAGACCAAGGACUAUGAAGAAUGUGUUUGUAGCGCAGUGAAGCUACCAACUCUGCAGGUUUUGAUGUAUUUAAAAGAUCACAGCCAGUGAUCUUUUAUCUCCUUCAUUCCUAAGAUCCUGUUUCCUUCAAAAGCAUUUACCCAAAAAAGAAAAAAAAAAGUUGCUGACACAAGCAGCUCCUGCGGUGAUGUUGGCACUGUUGACGCUAACUGUCAGUGUAUGUUACAUUAUGCUUCUCCGGCAGGAGACUGAAACCUCUGCUGUCAGCUGAGAUACUUUCUCCCCUCUCCUUCCUUUACAGGAAGCCGGUCUGCAAAGAAUGGGAUCCUCUCUCAGGCCAAGUGUGGCGAGUCCCACUUGUCUUACAAUCGAAAUAGUGAUAAAUCAAUCAGUGUGUCUGUUCAGCAAUCAGUUUCCAUUUAAAAAAACAUCUGCCCAUGCCCUCUGGUUUGGGCUCUAACGUGUGAGUGUGUUUGCAUAAAUGCCGCAGAUUGGAAUAAUGCUUUGUUCUCUGUGAUAACUAGAGAUGUGUUGCAUUCCAGUAUCAUCAGUGAGAAUAUCCAUCACUUAGUGUUCCACUCUUUCUCCUUAGAGAAAUCACUUCCCAUCCUGAGCGACACCUUCCCUCCUCCUCGCUAUACCUCAAAGCUUUCCCGACCAGACUGGUGACUUUUAAUGCAAUUUCAAAAGCCGUGAUUAACGGAGGAGGCACUGGCUGGUCAUCACCAAAGCCACCUAUGGGAAUGAGACAUUAUCCUGUCACAUCACUGGCUGCAGGGCCACUUUAAACCCCACGAAGAGCGGAAAGGCCUCGCAGUUCGCCUUGUAGAGAGAAACCCUGCGUGCGAGUGAGUCAGUGACGAGGUUUUUCUUGUGUCCUAGUUACUCUUUGCUCGGUUCCCAAAUUAAAGCAAUAGUUCUUUUUACAGCACGCGGCUUUACUGCUCUCCCCCAGGAGUCUCUCGCCGCGGGCUGUUUUAUAUCUCUGUACAUCUGAGGUGUGAGAUGUGACCCUCUUUUAACCCUGACCUUUACAGGCGAUGCACUAUGUUGGUGUUUAUUUUCAUUGAUUCUUCAGUAUUUCUACACAAGCAAUGCAUGACAAAUGUCUCAAGAAAUCGUUGUAGAUGAAACCGCUUCUGUUUGAUUUUCUAUCUCACUGAUGAUAUUUUAUCUUUUACUCAAGUGCAUCUCCAAGGAAGGCUUGACUCUAAUUAAGUUGUGAUCAUUAUCGAAUUAUCUUCUGUUCUGUCUUUUGUUUUAACCCACCCGGUCCUUCGCUUUUGUUACUAGGGUAUGGAUCUUAUGAUUGUCUUGUGUUGCACAUGUCACUCAUUGAUUUCACACUGACCUUGUUUAUAGGAAUCACAGUACAGUAGGUGUUUUUUUUUAAUGAAGGGAAAAUGUUUGAAGUAUUGUUGUUGGUGUUUUGUGGUGAGAGAGAGAGAAAAAACUGACUUGCAUUUUUAACUCUGUUUACAAAUUUAGCCAAGAUGAAUGCUGCAGUUUCCUCCUUCGGACAGAUUUUUAUCCUUGUCACUGAAAAAACAAAAAAAUAUCCAAAAGGAUGAAAUUGAAAUUAAGUGCAAUUAGACCACACAUAAAAUCAUUCAGAGGUUUAUAAUCAGACAGCAUUCCUCAAGCAGACAUUCCCAUUGAAGCAUGUAAAUCCCACUUCUUUUAUUUCUGUCAUAGAGCUUUGGACUUAAACAUUUAAUCACUUUUAAGUAUUUCUUGCAUUACCUGUUAUAUCAUCGUUCAUUAGAUGUGCUCAGACAGGAGGAUCAGUUUGUUACAUGUUUUUGUGUCUGACUGUUGGUGCAGCCACAGACACUGCUGUGUGUCCUCUUAGAUCUUUUAAUGUCUCAUGGUUCACUCAGUGUACAGCCUGACCCUCCGUCAGCUGGUGGAGGAAGACAGAGUGACCUGAGCUGGGCCUAGUACACUUUCAUUCUCUGGUCAUUACAAGCAGCUUUAAAGGAAAGGUUCACAUUUUUUCAAGUUUGUCUCAGACCUCCUCUAGAGAAAUCAAGCUUCAACCUUGUUAACAUGUCCAUGUGGUGCUUUUAUAUGCUACAAGACAUAUCAUGAGUGAAAUAAGCAGUCGACACCAUGGCAGAGCUUGUACCCCUUGGACCUGCAGUGUAGCAUUGACAGUCUCUAGAGUGCAGAUGUUACGUCACAAACCUAAGGAACCAAUCCCAGCAACAUGGAAGGCAUCAGAGGAGAAUCCAGGGGUAUCUAUUUCACUGUCACUUCACCUUGUCAGAACUGGUGAUCAGAAACAAGGUUUAUCUAACAUUAGCAACACAUUAUCAGAUGUUUGAGAACGUGGUCAAGCUGAAGGUUAUCUGUUACUGUUUACGAGCAGAGGUCUGUGUGUUUCAUGAGCAGGUAUGCUUGAGCUGAGGGGCAGGGCUGAUUUGCAUAUUCAUAGGUCCGUGUAUACUAAAUGAGGCAAAGGUGUAGAGUUACAUCAAAGCCACUUUAAGCCAUGAAGGGAUUUUUUUCCAUUGAAAAAAAUCUAAAUGUGUAAUUUUGAUUAACAACAAAUGAGUUGUGUUCCCAUGCCCACGAAGAGUUCUCAAUCAGUCCCUCUGGGAGCUUAGUUGUUGCAGUCUAAAUUGCCUGAUUUCACGGCAGCUGUUAUACAUAAUUAUGAUGCCAGUUGUGAUGUUCUGAGGGUUUUUUUGCAAUGAAAUUGUGGAUCAGUUGAAAAGCAACUUGUUUCAGUGAGAAUAAAACACUGUUCUGAGUGUGUUAUUCAUACUAUACGAAUGCUACUACUAACCCUUUAUAUUUAAUCUUAGACAGCUUGAUUAGAUCUGGGUGCAACAGCCUCGGUCAUGGGCGCAUUCUCCGGGUGUAUUAUGCAGUAGAAGCGUUAGUCAAACAUGAUUUUGGUUUGUGUUCCACCAAAACUUUCGAUAUGGUGCAAAACAGUUUAUCCCCACUUUCAUGCAGGACAUCAGGGAUUUGCCUUGCACGGUCUUGGACUCUUUAGCAGUAAUUUUUGUUGGUAAAUUUGAGACGUUCUUGUUGCUCAUGCCUGUAUCUUCACAGUUAGAAACAAGGAUUUAAGUUACGGGUGAUGCUAUGAUGGGUGAAACUCACGGGAAACUGCUUUGAUUGGUCAAAUUAGCAAAAAGGUUGAAGUGAUUGGAGAAAGGUCGUGCAGAAUUCAUGGCGAUUUGUUGAAUUUGCGUUAAUUGUUGCGAUGGCAGCAUCAUAGAAGGGCCUCUUAAUGACCAGUAUGUACAUGAGGAAUGAUUACACUGACUAAUAACUGUUUCAGUGUACAUACAAAGUUGGAUUGUUUCAGGAUGGACUUGGAAAAAUGUGAACCUGUCCUUUAAAACGCUUUGUAAUUGGAGAUUCAAGAUAUCCAAGAACACAUCUUACCAUCUGAAGCUCACCACAUGGAGUCUUUCUCAUGCUGUAAGCAAUAUACAUAUUAUACCUGAAAACAUUUCAUGUAGUCUUGGCAUUUUCUAUGCAGUUUACUCAGUAUUGUACCCUUCAUUGUCUUAAGUACAGCUCUCUGAAGCAGUAGGGCAGGUUGGGCUGAUGCAGUCAUUUUGCGCUGAUGUCUGGUUGUAGGAUUUUUGCUUUAAAUGACCUUUUUAUAGGAAUACAAACCAGUAUUUUGCUUUUCUUCUUUCUGUUUUUUUUUUUUGCUUGGUGGUCUCAUCUUCCUGCGUAUAGCACACUGCUGACCCACAGAUCAGUAAACUUUUGUUGUCUUCUCACGAUGCCACACAGUCGGAGCCAAAUCACUCGAGAAGAGUGUCUCAUAUUUCCACGUGUUUGUCCAGCAUUAUUUCGGCUCCAUCGCCAAGCCACUUCGACAUUGUAUUUUAGGUCAAGAUGCAUUUGAUGGGAUUUAAACGGUGCAAGCAGUGACACUUGUGACUUUACCUCCUGUUGAUUCUCACAGCAAGACCAUCCUGUGCUACCACGAGCCUUUUUUGUUUUUUUGCCCUCUGCUCUGAGCAGUGUGUGCCAUGUCAAGCAGGAAAGCUCCACUUCUUCUACAAAGAUGUCCGACGAAUCUUAUUCACAUCACUGAUAGUCUGUUGCUGUAACUAAUUGCACUAAAUGCCCUCCUUUUACAGUGUUUUGAACUUAAAACUGUUGGUAAAUUGAAGAGUUUCAAAAUGUAAAGCACACAAAAUCAUGGAGAAAUUGCAGGUUGUGUGUUUCUGUAGAUAGGUGUAUUUCUUUUGUAUAGAUAGCUUUGAUGAUGCUUGUCGAUAAUGCCUUAAAAUCUGCUUUGUACAAUGUGUGAAAUUUGAAAUAAUGGAAUAAUGCUUCUGGUCGACUUGGUGUUCCCCUUUUCAGGCUGAACAAGAGCAAAUCAGAAAUGUCAAGCUUUGAAACUCUUGUCACGCUUACUAGCAGAAAUUCAUAUUCUCAAAGGGUGACGGUGAAUUCUUUUUGGGCCCCAGACGGUUCAGCUAUGAAAUCUGCAAUUUUGUGUUUGUGUGGUGCUUUGUUUUUAGUUUGUUUUUUUUUCAUUAUCUAUUCCGUUACGUUUUUAAUACACUCUUUAUGCCCAUACUUACCUUUUAAUUCCUUUUUUUCCCCAAUGUGUGGAGGUGAAGUGAAUGGAAUCUCUUCUUUGCACUUUUUACAAGACGAUGCCAAGAGUGUCCGCAGCGGAGGGCGAUCCAUUAAUUCCACACGCACACAUCCGUUGUUUUUAUUGUUGUUGCACAAGAUGAGUUGUUUUUUUAUCCUUAGACUUAAUGGGUUGUGUUUGGCGUCUUGUGCUUUGUCCCAGUCUCUGGACAACAGUUUUGAGUAAAUGGAGACAGACAGACAGACAAGCUACAUUAAUCCGAUAGCUUUCCAUUGGUGGUAAUGUGAUGGUUGAUGUUUUGUGACGUUGGCAGUGGGGAUUCUUUUACUCCCCGUGUGAACUAUUUCCUGUCGUUUUAUCCCGUAUUGAACUACAAAGGUGAAAUUACGACGAUUUCGGUGUCGAUGUCCAGUUAAAUCAGGAGAAACGAGAACGGUUAAAAGUUUUAAAGGAGUCUGUGUAUUUUCAGAUUUGACAUUGUACUUUUAUGGCACAAGGUGACACUGCUUUUUAUGUGAUGUGCAACUAUCGAAAAACGAAACAAAAUUUUUUUUUUUUUUUUUUUUUUAAACAUGCCUAAAUCUGCAAAAUAUAUGCAAUGAUGUAAAUGUAACAUUCAAUCCUCAAGUAUAAUCCAGGUUGUAUGAACUUUGUAUAGUGAGUUUUAAUAUUGUAUGGCCGUACCAAUAUGUAUUGAUCUUUAUCAGAAGCCUUAGAGUUGUCGACCGAAAGUGCUCCCUUAGAAUACCCUACACCUACCUGACUUUAACAAAGCAUUAAUAUCUCUAUUUUGUUGCAUUUUUAUUUGUACCGUUUUUGAAUAAAAUAGAUUUGUACUGUAUAUUUGUACCUCUCUGUGAACUACUUAGGGCGGUUUUUGUUUUUUUGUUUUGCUGUUUUAAUUCUAUGUACUUUAAGGACACAAAGAUAUUGUAUUUUUAUUGUUACAGCUAACUUGGAGACAUUGCAUUUAUCAUGUUUGUUAAGUAAACACAAUAUAAUAUAUAUAUAUAUAUAUACAAAUAUAAAUAUAAACUAUUA